AUGAGGUUCCGCGAUGGGAUGUGGCUGGUGGCCGAGGACAAGAAGCCCAUCUACGCCGAGGAGGUCCACUCUAUCCAGGAGCACCCAGCAGGCAAUGCCCUAAGUCUUCUCUGUCCAACGAGGAAGGUUCUCCAGCGAGCAGACUCGCUGAACCUCCCAACGCUCACUGUCGACAUCAGAGCCCCCUUCGAUGGGGUCAUCUCAGUCGAAACUACCCACUGGCUCGGGGCUCUCAAUCCAGGACCCCAUUUCGAUCUCUAUCCAGCUGGAAAGCCCAAAGACAGCGAUGCCGGGAUCUCAAAGACGGCGUCUUCAACCACGCUCAAGUCUGGCUCACUAUCUGCGACGGUCAAGACUCGCAGCCACGAGUUUGAUAUCCGAUUCCACGCGACGGACGGGUCCAAGGAAUUGACCUCGCUAUUGAAUCGGAGCGUGGGCUUUGCAUACAGCCCGCCGCCCGGAAACGAUCUGCAGACGGGGGACAUGGCCCGGAUUCGGCAUUACAUCUUUACUCAGUCCACCCUGUCGGUCGGCGAGACGGUCCAUGGACUUGGAGAGAGGUUUGGCGCUUUCAAUAAAGUCGGGCAGGCAAUCGCCCUGUGGAACGCGGACGGGGGCACGUCGAGUGACCAGGCGUACAAGAAUCUCCCAUUCUGGUUGAGCUCGCGCGGAUAUGGAAUCUUCAUCGACACGCCGGACAGGGUUGAAUUGGAGGUCGGCAGUGAGAGGUGUUGCCGGGUUCAGACGAGUGUCGAGGGACAGCGAUUGAAAUGGUACAUCAUCCACGGGCCGACACCGAAGGAGGUGCUGCAGAAAUACUCGGUCCUCACUGGGAAGCCCGGCAAGGUGCCGAGUUGGAGUUACGGGCUGUGGUUGAGCACCAGUUUUACGACCGACUACGACGAGGAGACGGUGAACUCCUUCCUGGAGGGCAUGAGGGCGAGAGAUAUCCCGGUGGAAGUCUUCCACUUUGACUGUUUCUGGCUGCGAGCAUUCCACUGGUGUGAUUUCGUCUUCGACUCGGAGAUGUUCCCCGAUCCAAAGGCGCAGAUUGCACGUCUCAAAGCUUCCGGGCUCGUGAAGAAAGUCUGCGUCUGGGUCAAUCCGUACCUGGGCCAAGCCUCCCCGGUCUUCAAACACGCCGCGAGCAAAGGCUACCUCCUCCGCCGCAAGAACGGGGACAUCUUCCAGUGGGAUCUCUGGCAGACGGGAAUGGGCAUCGUGGACUUUACCAACCCCGCCGCAUGCGAUUGGUAUGUGAGCUGCCUCGAGAGGCUCUUUGACAAGGGAGUCGACGCCAUCAAGACGGACUUUGGAGAGCGGAUCCCGACGCUCGACGUGGAGUGGUUUGAUGCGUCGCUGGACCCGGGGAAGAUGCACAAUUACUACGCCUUCCUGUACAACAAGGUGGUCUACGAAGCCAUCCAGGAUCGGUUCGGCGAGAACGAGGCCGUCCUGUUCGCGCGGACCGCGACGGCCGGGACGCAGCGGUUUCCCCUCCAGUGGGGCGGCGACUGCGAAUCCACGGCCGAAGCGAUGGCCGAGUCGGUGCGCGGAGGCCUCUCCCUCGGUCUCUGCGGCUUCUCCUUCUGGUCCGUGGAUAUCGGCGGGUUCGAGGGCUCCCCACCGCCGUGGAUCUACAAGCGCUGGGUUGCCUUUGGACUCCUCUGCUCGCACAGCCGUCUGCACGGAAGCAACUCGUUCCGCGUGCCCUGGACGGUCGAUGGCGAUGAUUCCAGCGAGCAAGGCUGUUCCGCCACGCUGUCGAGAUGGACCGCACUGAAAGGCCGCCUGAUGCCCUACAUCUCUGCGCAAGCCCAGAAGGCGGUUGACCUGGGCCUGCCGCUGUCUCUCCGGGCGAUGUGUCUGGAGUUCCCCGAGGAUCCGACCUCUUGGUAUCUGGACCGGCAAUUCAUGUUUGGCGAUGGCCUGCUGGUUGCCCCCGUCUUCGAAGAGUCUGGGGAGGUGGAGUUCUACCUCCCGAGAGGACAGUGGACGAGCUUCUUCACCAACCAGACCACGGUCGGACCGGGAUGGUUUCGAGAGCAGCACCAGUUCGACACGCUCCCUCUGUAUGUCCGAGAAAACACGAUCCUGGUUCUGGGGAAGUGGCACGAGGCGAGAACGGUCUAUGAUUACGCGCAGGGCGUGGAAGUCUGCCUGUAUCAGACCGAGCCCGGGACCACGGCGAGCAUUGUCGAUUCCGAGGGAGAAGAGGUCGGCGUGUUGGAGGUUGGGGACGACGGGCAGUUAAAGAAUCCGCGAUUUCUGACCGGGGCGUGGCAUGUCACGCGGAACGGGAGGAGCACCGUCUCACAUCACGCGGGGAGAUGA